AUGUCUGAUACUAGUCAUCAGAAUUCAACAUUAAAGACGUCAGCUGAGCAUAGUGAAUCAGAAUUAAUAAUAUCAUCAGAUAUUAAUACAGAGCCUAGAACAUCGACUAGUCCACAACCUCAUGUUUCUACGUGGGUGUAUAUUAAAUGGUUCAUAUGGUCUACUAUUGCAAGUAUUUUUGGAUGUAGUAUACCUGUCUUUACACCAUAUGACAAUACUUGGCCAACUACAUCAAUUUUAAUUGAUCAUAAUAAAUUCGAAUCUGAUCAUUCAAAUCUACAUGAGAAUAUUGAUGAUGCAUAUAAUACACAAGUAUUGAAUGAAGUGAAUGAUGUAUGUACAACAAAAAAUACCAUUUCUUGUCUUUCAUCAUCAACUUGUGAUUUUGAAUUGGAUGUGAAAACAGAGACAGAAAACAUUACACUUUCUUUUCAAAAUCAUAUUCCUGAAAAUGAAAUAAACUUGGAUUCUUCUUCUAAAGACGUUAUUGAUAAUAACAAUAAUAAUUAUAAUAAUAUAUCAUCAUUGAAAAAUGGAUAUUUUUGUGAUAUUGACCAAACAUUAAAUUAUAAACCUUUAACAGAUACGGAAGUAAUUCCAAUUUCUACAACAUUAUUUACUGAUUCUGGAUAUUUAUAUAGAGAAUCUAGUCAUGUAACAUUUACCUUAUUGGAUUCAUAUCAGUCGGAUUCAGUGAACGGUUAUAUUGAUAAGGUAACUCAUGAUAAUUAUGUUCAUAAUUUAAUAAACUCUGUAUUACCACGUAAUUUAUCUAAUUCAAGUGAUAUAAGUGUACCAGUUGAAGUACGUAAAAUGUAUGCAUGGAAUAAAUCAACACCGAUUGAGCCACAAACAUCCAUUGACAAUCAUGUAACUGAAUGUAAUUUCGAAGUAGGAUCAAUUUUAUCAGAUGAUAUAGAUGCAUCACCUGGACAACUUAAUUCAUCUGAUCAUUCUUAUCCACCUUUGAGUCCUAAUACACUGGAAGACGAUAGUUUACAAGCUGAAUGUUUUGAUAAAUCACCUGAAAUAGACUUAAAUUUACCAGAUGUUAGUCGAUCAGAUCAGACAUUGGCAUGGGCAAUGUCUAAUCUAUGUAUUGAUAAUACAACCAAUGAAAUAGAUACUGAUUCAAAUGCGAUUCUAUCAAAUAAACAAACGGAAGACCUAUCACCUUCCAAUGAAACAGUUGAUUUCAUUGAAAAAGUAGAUAAAAAUUGCAUUAUAUCUUCUCGACCUCCUGUGCCAAAUUCUUUACAGCGACCUAGCAGAGAUCGUAGUCCUGUCUAUCAUACAAACAUUAACAACAAUCGAAAAAAGAAUUCAAUAGAUUUACCAACCUUCUUACCAUUUGAAGGUAAUCAAAUUUUCUCAAUAAAAGAUAAAGUUGAAACUCCUGAACCUAUUAAACCAAAACGUAGUAGUUCACUAAAAUCCAAUAGAAGCCUUUCAGAUACACAUGUUCCAAAAGCUGUUCGUUUUGCUGAUGCUCUAGGACUUGAUUUAGCAACUGAACGACACGUAUAUGAUUCUGAAGCUCCACCGAAAAUACCAGCUUCUGCUAUAUUGUAUUUACAGUUGGAUUCUGAUGAAUCUAUUGCAAAAAUCGGUGCAAAACAGUUUGGUUUAUGUUUCUCACAACCAGGUUUAGCAUCUAAUUUUAUUCGUCGAGUGCUUACCAGUAAUAUAUGCCUAGAAGAUUGUCAUAUUGAUAUGCAACGUUGUAUACUAACUGGUACAAUAAGAGUCAAAAGUUUAGGUUAUGAGAAACAUGUUACUAUUCGCAUUACAUAUAACAACUGGAUUACGUUUUUCGAUACUUCUGCAUCAUACAUUCAAGGAUCAUAUGAUGGUGUAACGGAUAAAUUUUCAUUUAGUUUAAUCUUUCCUGAUACAAUGGUACCAGGUGAUAAAGCACAAUUUGCUAUACGAUAUGAAACACAUACUGGUGAACAAUUUUGGGAUAAUAAUCAUGGUCAAAAUUAUUGUGUAACAUGUUAUGCAAAAGCCACAGAUCUAGCUGGUGAUGGAUCAUGGAUGCAUUAUCUUUGAUUCUCGUAUUUUCAAAUUGUAAUGAACACUGUUAAAAUUAUUUACUCAAUUAUGAUUGUUCAAUAUUCAAACUAUCACUUAAUAACUUUAGUUUGUCUUGACCUUUUUUUCACGCAUACAUACAUACACGCAUGUGGACAUAAAAUUGGUCCGUACAAAAAAAUAUUAUCAUGCCAAUCAUUCAUUACCCAAGACACUGCAGUUAGCUUUCAAACAUAUAUAUAUAUAUUAAUUAUUAUUAUAAUUAAUUAAACUGCCUUACAUUCAAAAAUCAUCUUCAUAUUAGUCAAUGCACACAAUUAGUCUUUCAUCGGGAUUUACUUUUCAUUAUUUUUGAAAUUUUCAUUCUUAAAUUUAGAAUUUCAAGUUGACAAUAAAAUGUUCCCUUAUCUUUUCCGAUUUAUUAUGUAUUUACAUAACCGCAAAAUUUUUCAAAAAAAAAAGAUUUUUUCCCUAUAUAGAACACGUUGAGGUGAAGUGUAAUGUUUUUGAUUGGGAAGUGAGAUAUUUAUGAUGAUCAACUACUUUUCAACCCUAUGCAUUACGAUAAUAAUAAUAAUCAUUACUAUUAACUAUUAUUAACAAGAAUAACGUUGUUAUCGAUAAUGUUUGUUUAAUUUACUGUAAAUAGCUGAUAGAUCGACCAAAAAAAGAAAUAAACUUCCUGG